UUCCUAACCUCAAAAUUAUUAUCAUAUAUUAUAUGCGGUCUAUAUUGUGUAUAACUUUUUGGGUUUGUUAAUGAUUCGAACUAAAAAGUCAAUUUAUACGCAGUAUUCAAAAAUUAUUCAUCACAUUUUAUAAUUAAUGAAUAGUAAAUACAAUGGAAACUGUUGGUUAUAGUUUGGAAUUGGAUGAGUUGACAAAUAAGCAACUUAGUGUUUACUUGUAUCAAAAUGUUAAUAAUAUCGAAGAAAUACAUAAAAAGCUCGUAAAUAAAGAACUUCCAUGUUGUAUUGUGAAAGCAAACUUAGUGAUUGAUCCUUUUCAAAUCGCUAUUGCUGCAAAUAGAGCAGCAUUAAAUGAAAAGUAUGGACAAAUGGUCACAAGAAGUUUGUUUACAGAAAUCAUUUAUUGUUUGUCAACGUCUAAAAAUAUUUCUCAAUCGUUAAAAAAUUUUGGGAUUUCCAGUGUUACUAAGAACGUUUUAGUUGUUUUAGUACACAGUAAUCAAGAAAAAGAACCAAUGGAAAAGCUCAUCUUUGAAAGUAUAGAGGGUGAAAGGUUAUUAAUUAAAAGACUCUCUGAAUUUGCUGAUAUAAACUUGAUUAAAAAUAUAUAUAAAAUAGAAGCAGAAGAAUUGAAAGUUUCCAGUUUACUAGACUCAAUUAUAAGUAGAAUAAAUGAUAAAGUAUCAAAAUAAAAAGCGGAAAUUUUAGAAUGGUGUAAAACAAAGGUUUUGUAUAAAUAAAAUUAUUUUGAAAUUGAAAAUUUAUUAUUUUCUUUCACUUUACG